AUUCCAGUCUUCAAAACAUUCCCAAUGUGACUUCAGUCGUGCAAACUUUUAACAACUCUGUACUGGUUAAUCAGACCAUGGAGUCCGUUUGGGAGUCUGUGAGCGUCCUGAAAAAAAUCCUUAUGCAGCUUCUCCAUGACUGCCAUCAACAUGUCAGCCAGCACACAGGAUAUCUUUACAAAAGGCUUGAUAAACUUCUGCAGCUCCAACGACACUGUUCUGGAAGCAUCUUUACUUACCCUGAACCAGGUGCUGACAGAACUGCUGAUCAGUAACCCGACAGAAGUAAUAGAAUCGAUUGGAGGCUCUGUGGUGGUCCUAGAUAGCCUUCAACAGGAGACGUCAGUGUGGGACUUCCUACUCGGCCUGCCUGAUCUCUUCCUGAAGCCCACAGAUGAAGAGAUGUUAAAUGCUGGAGCAGAGGAACUGGAAAAUCUUCAGAAUGCUUUGACAUUUCUCCAGAGGACUUUCCCUCAGGCCAACAUCUCUACUGCUGCCACAAACCCAGUCAUCACUAAAGGCAUUGGCUUUCUCAACUACAUGAGUGCUUGGAAAGGCAGAGAUUUGUAUUUGAAACUGAGUGAUGUCAUGAACCAAAGCAGCAUUGCUCAGCUCAACUCAGACAUGAAGGACCUUAUCAAUCAAAUCCACAUUCCCCUCGAUAAGAUUCAAGUGCUGUUCAGCGAAGAAGACUUUCGUACCUUUUUGUGUGACCAAAACAUCACUGCUUCCUAUUGUUGGAGUUGGGAAGCGGGCCAGAUAUUUCAAGGAAUAAAUACAAAGAAAGUUGUUGAACAGGUGCUGUUGACUUGGAGUCAGACCUCUGCCUCAGCAGACUUGGCCUUCACAAAAGACAUGUUCACCAGCUUCCUGGGCCUUGUCUCUCCAUCGAGUCUAGAUGCACUUCUCAAACACACCAGGUCCCAGCGCAGCAGUGACGCUCAGCCACAGAGCCUAGGGGAACAAUUAAUCUUCGGAUUAAGCAGCACAGCAUUUAAUUUUCUACAAGGCAUGCCUGGCUGGGAAUACAUUCAGACUUUCAUGAUGGCUGGUCAUUCAUCCAUGCAGGUGGCGAGAGUUGCAAUGGAAGUACAGCUACCAUUCAUUGAUGUGGUCCUGAGAGAUGCCAAGCAUGUUCAGGCGGCCUUACUUUCUCUAAUGCAGAAUGACACCUUUGCUAAGGCCUGGGCUGACCAUGCCAUGGACUCUAUUGUGCAAACCGUGGCCAAGGUUCUAGAGGGUCACACUAGCUGUAGAGACCUUUCUGCUCCCUGGGCUUGGAUGUCAACAUACAGCUCUAUAGAACUUCAGUUGUGGAGCACUCUAGUUUGCGCUGGGAAUGACACACGUCUUGAGGAAACAUUGUUGUCAUCACUUUUGCCAGUAACUGAGAAGGUCCAACAGUUGGUUGGUGUCGUGAACGGAACCGUAAUGUACAAUGUCACACCCUCAACAGUUAUGUCGGAGUGGCACAGUCUAUACACAACCUCCCUGCAGUAUGUCAGUGCCCUCCAGAACUUGCAAACUGAAGUUAACGAGAACUAUUUUGCAGCUUGGAUCCCAGGGAACAUUUCAGAUGGAUUGUCCCAGAUUCUGUUGACCAGGGCUACUGGCACAUUUGAGAACAUUGGUUCUCAGCUAGAAAACAGCACUCUGUGGCCCUCCAUGGAACCAUAUUUCCAUAUGGCUUAUUGGAUUUUGACCUACCAACCUAAUGCCACUGCAUCACCAAACUGCACUAUUAUUCCAUCUGCUUUCACCUGUCAAACCGGCUUUGCCUGGGAAACAGCUGUUCCGCUGAUUCAAUCUUUGAUCUCUGCUGCGUCAAGUGAACCUGACAGCCUCCUAAGACCUCUCCAGGGGACAGUGGCUCUCCUCCAAAACAGUUACAUGGCACUUCUGCAGCAAGUCAUUGCCAACGGCCUACCUAGUCAGCUUUUUGGUAGUGACACUUCACUACAAAACUUGUUGCUGAACCUCAUUACUACAGUUGAUAAAGAAAUUCAGCUCCUCUCCAACAUUGAGUCCACACAGCAGUUUGACACUCAACUCUCAUUCACUCUCUUAAACGACUUCAUGGCAGCUCUUGGACUGGGGCAGAUAGAGAACUUCUUGUCAGGUGGUUCACAGACGACCAGCAUGCACCCAGUCAUCAUGGGUGUCCUUCAGGUCUUGAACAAUGGAUCCAUCCAGAUGCUAAACAUAGAGGAGGGUUUUGCAGUUAUUCAAACAAUUUUGAGCCAACUUGGAGCCAUCUUGCCUCCAGAGCAGCAGUAUCAGUUAGAAGCAGGGCUAAAUAAGACUCAUGCCCUCAUUCGAGAUCUGGAGAUCUGUUCAGCUCUUGGCCAGGACUGUGUUGCUGAUGUCCAGAAUGUCUUUGAGAAUCUUGGUGCAAUGCUUGCAUCUGGAAAUAAUGUCACUGGCCCAAUAACACCUCUUCGGGGUAACAUGACUCUCCAUGUUGUGCUUGAUGUGCUUGCUCUGCUCAUGCCAUUGAACAUGUCCCAGCCAGCAGGUGCCUCAAUGGAAAUUUUCAGCAAGAUUCAGUAUCUUCUCGAGCAGGCUUAUUCAUCUCCAGCUUUCAACAUCAGUCAAGGUCUACAAGCCUCCAAUCUCACCAUUUCUGAAUUAGAGCAAGUCAAUUCCAUAAUUCAUUCUAAUUGGUCAGCAUCCAUACUGCAGACUCUGAAUAUGGCUGUUCAGAUCCCACAGUGUAUGAAUACCACACAGUCUCCCCAAAAGCCUCCUGCUAAUGGACAGGCCGAAUGUGUCCUUCAGCUCAUCCAGACUGCUUCUGGUUUACUUGGAAUAAUACCUGUAGCAGAGAAUGCUCAAAUAAGUCUUCAAGGUUGGCUUAAUAUUGCUGCAGUAGAGUAUCAGAAACUAAGUAACAUGUCCAUUUCUGGAUCUGACCCACAUGCAUUGACAGAAGAAGUACUAAUAACAACACUGUCAGCCAUCAGACAAAACCUUCAGGGUCUGAAUAUCGAGAACAUCACUGAUAUUACAAAUGAGCUCAACGUUUUGGAAGACCUCUUGAAAAAUGUAUUCAGAGAACAGUACCCAUACCACACCAUUAACUCGACACUGAUGGUGCAAGGGCAGUAUGCACAGAAGGUGUAUGGAGAAAUCACAAUGUGGUAUUUAAACAAGCUUGGAAAUGCCACCAGUGGCAGUAUGUUUGCAGAGAUUCUCCAUCACCUGAAACGCCUUGCUGAAAUGGAGGUUGCACUCAUGAAUGCAGAAGCAGAUAUGGUGACGCUAGCAAUGAAUCACAUCCAGAACUUGACCCAUUUGAGGCUUCCUCUGGAAGGCGAAGAUCUUGUACAAGUUGCCAAUACAGUCAUGACCAUGUUGCAAGGUGAACUGGCAUUGAUUAAAAGAAGGCUUGAGAUCCAGCAGGCUUUCUACAAUUCUUUAGGCUCUCCAAUGAACAUUAGUAUUCCUGCUGAAAUUGAAGCUCAGAUCAUGACUUACCUCAGCCUGACAACGGAGUGGAUCACUAACCCACAAGUGACGAUGGCACUUGCUAGAAUUUUCCAGUGGCAAAUCAACUCUACAGAUAUCACAACACCUGGGAAAGAUCUUGAACAGCUCCUCCAAGCCAUAAUUCCUCUACUCCGUCUUGAAGAUAGAGAGUCCCUCGCUGUUGUUGACCAGUUCUCUCAGGCACUAAACUACGCUCUACAGGUGGCUAGCAGUGGUGGUGGUGUCCAAAGUGAAAACUUCACAGAAGCCAUCAUCAGUGCUGUGAAAGUGAUUCUGAAGAGUAUUUCUAAUGAAACCAGAGCCCUAUCUCAGGAUGUGGUUAACAAUAUUCUUGGUGCAUUCAAUGGUUCCCUUCAGCUGUUCCUGAACCCCAAUGUGAGCUAUGCCCAAGCUAGCACCCUCACACAGGAGACAAUCCAGAUGGUAGAGGGAGCGAUUCAUACCCUUUUACCAGUAGAGGCAGCUCAGGUGUUGGUUCCCAUUAAAAACAGCAUUUUGUCCUAUCUGAAUAACAUCUCCCAGCCUGCUGGAUUUGACAAUUGGAAUGAACUCAUUGUGAAUGUGAUGGGAGAGCUUCAGAAUUCCUUACCAUCAAACAACACAGCUCAGCCCAUCAUAUCAAUGAUAAUCAAAGUCACAGAAAACCUUUUGAGCUCAAAAGAAGGCAACUUGACCAAGGACUGGAUCAUUAACCAACAACUGACAACUGCACUUGCCGGAAUCUUCCAGGGGAAUGUUAGCGCGGUAGAUCUUGCAGCAGCUGGAGUGAAUCUUGACCAUCUUUUGGAAGCCAUUGCCCCCCUACUCUCCCCUGAAGACAAAGCCUUCCUCGCCAUUGCUGAGCAGGUGUCUGAGACACUAACCUACGCUCUACAGGUGUCUAGCAGUGGCCUUCAAAGUGAAAACUUCACAGAAGCAGUCAUUGGCACAGUCAGAGUGAUUCUGGAGAGUAUUUCUAAUGAAACUGGAGCUCUACCUCAGGAUGUGGUUAACAAUAUUCUUAGUGCUUUCAACGGUUCCCUUCAGCUGUUCCUGAACUCCAAUAUGAGUUAUGUCCAAACUACCACCUUUAUACAGGAGACCAUUCACACAGUAGAGGGAGCGAUUCAUACCCUUUUACCAGCGGAGGCAGCUGAGGUGCUGGCUCCCAUCAAGAACAGCAUUUUAUCCUAUCUGAAUAACAUCUCACAACCUGCUGGUUUUGAUAAAUGGAAUGAACUCAUUACAAAUGUAAUGAGAGAGCUUCAGAAUUCCCUGCCAUCAAACAACACAGCUCAGCCCAUCAUAUCAAUGAUAAUCAAGGUCACAGAAAACCUUCUAAGCUCAACUAAAGGGAACUUGACCACAAACUGGAUCAUUAACCAACAACUGACAACUGCACUUGCUGGAAUCUUCCAGGGGAAUGUUAGCGUUGUAGAUCUUGCAGCAGCUGGAGUGAAUCUUGACCAUCUUUUGCAAGCCAUGGCUCCCCUACUCUCCCCUGAGGACAACGCCUUCCUCACCAUUGCUGAGCAGGUGUCUCAGACACUAAACUACGCUCUACAGGUGUCUAGCACUGAUGGUGGCCUCCAAAGUGAAAACUUCACAGAAGCCAUCAUUAGCACAGUCAGCAUGGUUCUGGAGAGUAUUUCUAAUGAAACCGGAGCUCUGCCUCAGGAUGUGGUUAACAACAUUCUUGGUGCUUUCAGCAGUUCCCUACAGCUGAUUCUGAACCCCAAUAUGAGCUAUGCCCAAGCUAGCAACCUCACACAGGAGACAAUCCAGAUGGUAGAAGGAGCAAUUCAUACCCUUUUACCAGCAGAGGCAGCUGAGGUGCUGGUUCCCAUCAAGAACAGCAUUUUAUCCUAUCUGAAUAACAUCUCACAACCUGCUGGAUUUGAUAAAUGGAAUGAACUCAUUACAAAUGUGAUGAGAGAGCUUCAGAAUUCCCUGCCAUCAAACAACACAGCUCAGCCCAUCAUAUCAAUGAUAAUCAAAGUCACAGAAAACCUUCUGAGCUCAAAUGAAGGCAACUUGACCAAGGACUGGAUCAUUAACCAACAACUGACAAUGGCACUUGCCGCAAUCUUGCAGGGGAAUGCUAGCUCUGUAAUCUUGCAGGGAAAUGCUAGCUCUGUAGACCUUGCAGCAGCUGGGCUGAAUCUUGACCAUCUUUUUCAAGCCAUAGCCCCCCUACUAUCCCCUGAGGACAGAGCCUUCCUCGCUGUCGCUGAGCAGGUGUCUCAGACACUAACCUACGCUCUACAGCUAGCUAGCACUGAUGGUGGCCUCCAAAGUGAAAACUUCACAGAAGCCAUCAUUAGCACAGUCAAAAUGUUUCUGGAGAGUGUUUCUAAUGAAACUGGAGCUCUGCCUCAGGAUGUGGUUAACAACAUUCUUGGUGCUAUAAGCGGUUCUUUACAGCUGAUCCUGAACCCCAAUAUGAGCUAUGCCCAAGCUAGCAACCUCACACAGGAGGCUAUACAGAUGGUAGAGGGAGCGAUUCAUACUCUUUUACCAGCAGAGGCAGCUGAGGUGCUGGUUCCCAUCAAGAACAGCAUUUUAUCCUAUCUGAAUAACAUCUCCCAGCCUGCUGGAUUUGAUAAAUGGAAAGAACUCAUUGUGAAUGUGAUGGGAGAGCUUCAGAAUUCCCUGCCAUCAAACAGCACAGCUCAGCCCAUCAUAUCAAUGAUAAUCAAAGUCACAGAAAACCUUCUGAGCUCAAAUGAAGGCAACUUGACCAAGGACUGGAUCAUUAACCAACAACUGACAAUGGCACUUGCCGCAGUCUUGCAGGGGAAUGCUAGCUCUAUAAUCUUGCAGGGUAAUGCUAGCACUGUAGAUCUUACUGGGGUGAAUCUUGACCAUCUUUUGCAAGCCAUGGCCCCCCUACUCUCCCCUGAGGACAGAGCCUUCCUCGCUGUUGCUGAGCAGGUGUCUCAGACACUAACCUAUGCUCUACAGGUGGCUAGCACUGAUGGUGGAUUCCAAAGUAAAAACUUCAAAGAAGCCAUCAUUACCACAGUCAGCAUGGUUCUGGAGAGUAUUUCUAAUGAAACCGGAGCUCUACCUAAAGAUGUGGUUAACAAUAUCCUUGAUGCUUUUAGCAGUUCCCUUCAGUUGUUCCUGAACCCCAAUAUGAGCUAUGCCCAAGCUAGCAACCUCACACAGGAGACAAUCCAGAUGGUAGAAGGAGCAAUUCAUACCCUUUUACCAGCAGAGGCAGCUGAGGUGCUGGUUCCCAUAAAGAACAGCAUUUUAUCCUAUCUGAAUAACAUCUCACAACCUGCUGGAUUUGAUAAAUGGAAUGAACUCAUUACAAAUGUAAUGAGAGAGCUUCAGAAUUCCCUGCCAUCAAACAACACAGCUCAGCCCAUCAUAUCAAUGAUAAUCAAGGUGACAGAAAAUCUUCUAAGCUCAAAUGAAGGCAACCUGACGAAGGACUGGAUGAUUAACCAGCAAAUGACAAUGGCACUUACUGCAGUCUUCCAGGGGAACUUCAGUGCUGGAGAUCUUGCAUCAGCUGGGGUGAAUCUUGACCAACUUUUGCAAGCCAUGGCCCCCCUACUCUCCCCUGAGGACAGAGCCUUCCUCGCCAUCGCCGAGCAGGUGUCUCAGAGAGUAAACUACGCUCUACAGGUGGCUGGCAAUGAAGGUGAUGUCCAAAGUGAAAACUUCACAGAAGCCGUCAUCAGUGCUGUGAAAGUGGUUUUGGAGAGUAUGGCUAAUGGAACCGGAGCACUGCCUCAGGAUGUGGUUGACCAUAUUCUUGGUGCUUUUAAUGGUUCACUUCAGCUGAUCUUAAACCCCAAUAUGUACUACAUGCAAGCAAACCACCUCACACAAGAGACGGUCCAGAUGCUAGGGGAAGCUAUUCAUCGCCUUUUACCAGCAGAGGUGGCCGAGGUGUUGGUUCCCAUGGAAAACAGCAUUUUAACAUAUUUGCAGACCAUCUCCAAAUCUGCUGGACCUGAAAAAUGGAAUGAAGUCAUUGUGAAUGUGAUGAAAGAGCUUCAGAAUUCCUUGCCAUCAAACAACACAGCUCAGCCCAUCAUAUCUGUGAUUCUUAAAGUCACAGAGUAUAUUCUAAACUCAAGUGAAGGAUAUACAAACAUGUGGCACAACCUUGGCAACUUCAGUCUUGGCAGCCUAAAUGAAAUAACAGAACAGCUUACAGUCUUUCUGGGCUCUAUGUCACCAUUCAUGAACGAGUCCUCCCAGACUGUCACCGAAUCUGUAGGCGUUCUGGUCCAGAUCCUUUCCGGGAGUGCUGACCAGCUGACGUUUGACAAAUUGGAGAAGAUGUUGGCUGCUCUGUUUUCAACCUUCCAAGGUACACCUAUGUGGGAUUCAUUGCCGUCUGUCGUGUCCACAAUUCAACAAGCUGUUGUCAACAGUGCUCACACAAUGAAUGCCCAAACAGAGCUCCUCUACGUCAUCCAGCAGCCAUUGUCCAGCCUUUUGACAGGCAUUUUUCAUGUUAUGAACACAAGCAGUUUCACUGCUCAGUCCUUUGUUGGUGGAUUGCCACAGGCCCUUGUGUCAACUGCAGAGGCUGCUCUGCAGGCUGGUUUGGAGGGUCAGAGCCUGAACUGCAGCUACAUUCAGCAAAUAUGGCAGGAUGUCAGAGCUGGGGCUGGAAUAAGUGAAGACACAGUUGCUGUGUGGUGUAACAUCAGCCUACUGCCAGUCAUAGCAGCCUUCAAUAAACCAGGUCCAACUUUUAAUAUGACGGGAAUGGCGAUGGAACCUCAGUGGAUAAACACCACUGCAGAAAUGAUGGCCGAGUCACUGGAGACCUUCUAUGGAGCAAUUAUGAACGUUACCUUUGCUGGCAGUCACCUUACAGAAGUCCUGUUGCAUUACACUUCAAUGCUAUCCAACCUCUCAGCGCUAGAAAUAACAAACCAGUCUGACUGGAAUGGCCAGCUCUUCCAGAUGCAACUGUACCAAAGCCUCUCCACAGUACAAAUGGCUCUGGAGCAAAUUAAGACAGAAGCUCCCUGGAUGACGCCAUACGUCAGCGCAAUUGGAAAAACUAUAGAGGUCAUCCUACAAAAUCCCAGUCUCCUCCAGAAUUCAACUGCAAGUCCUCAGAUCAUCAUGCAGGCUCUGGAGAUCACGCUUACCGGAAUGAAUUUUACAAAGGAAACCAUUAAUUAUAUCUUGAGUGGAGACAUAUUUAUGAACCCCAAUGGAAGCACAGUUGACAGUUUAAUAAAAGAGGUGAUCCAGCAAAUCAUUGGUACGGGAUUGCUGGGAGACUGGCCUGUCCUUUAUGGAGUAAUGCAGCAAGUUCUUUAUUUGGAAGACACAAGUGGCACCCUAUGGAAAACUGUUGAAUUUUUCAACUGGCUGUUCACUACUGAAGAUACCGGAAUAAAUUUUGUCUUGGAGAUCCUGCGUAAGAUAUACGAGAUAGUGAGGGAUGCCCUAGCCAAGAUGCCACAAUCAUGCUUGUCAAAAACCUUUAUUGACAUUGCAGGCAAUGCUUUGUACAUGCUGAAACAGAUGAAGCUAACCAGUGACCUCUUUGCCCCUGUGGAACAAUAUCUAAGCCCACUUCAAAUGCAGAUUGCUCAUGGACAGAACCUGCAAGGUCUUGUGUCCCACACCAGAAACACCAGAAGAGUUGCUAGCGAAGUGCCGAGAGAGCCCGUGGAUGACUUCCUUGACCUUUUUGACAUCAACUACCAAGCCUUGUUGAAAGUUCUUUCCAUUCCACCCACCCCAACUGAAAUUCUGGAGACCAUCCAUGUUUUCUUUGCGAAUCCAGACUUGAGUGUCAUCCUGAAGGGUUAUCUGAAAGAUACGACUGGAAACACAAGCCAGGAGGAAACCAUUGACACAGCUCUGAAAGUGUUGUCCUACUUGACACUCCCUAGCAAUGGGCAGCAGUUCCUGGAGAUGUUUAUGGACAUCAUUAGUGAAGGAUGGAGCUUACAAGACCUUGAUAAAGUAGAGAAACUUGCAGAGAGCCUAGGAAGAACAAUUGACAUGGCCAUAGUGCUAUCAGACCAGCCGUCUCUAAACAUUGCUCAAAGAAUCGAGCACAUGGCCCAACAACUCCAAGCUUCGAUGUCAAAUAUCAUCUCACAGAAUGGAAAUGGCACCAACACCACAAUCCAAUUCCUCACGGCGCUCAACAGCAUCCUUAACGAGAACUUUGAGGAAAUCAAGGACAUCAGCCCUCAGGUCACUAGCAUUCUCCAAAACAUAAUUGGCUCGUUUUCCAGUCCAGGGUCGCAGAUGAGCGUAGCAUCCUAUUUGGCAGCUGUGGAUCAAACUGCAGAUGCCUUCGCCUCACUUCUCUCUGGAGAGGUAGCUGUGUAUUUCAACAUAUCUGGACAAAUGCUGCAAGCCUUUGCAUUGCUCGAGGCAUAUCCCGGAGACAUAGAAAAAGUCAUGAUGUCCACCAGCAUGAUUUCUAACUCCCUAAACCAAGUCUUUGCCCUCUCAAAUAUCACAACUCUUCCAAAUGGACAAUCUCUUCAAGAGGUCACCGAUCCCCUCAUGCUUAGCAGUGCCAUGGCCACCCACAUCCUAUUCAACCUCUCCAUGUCAAACUAUAGCCUGAGCAGCAAUGCUGAGAAGGAGAUGCUUUUGACUCAGACGUUCAAUCAGAUGUUUGUCGUUCUUCCCAAGGAAACGCACAUGUACCUCUUUGCUGUCAAAUCGGCUCUAUUCACCGCCCUCUCAAGAGUAUCCAGCACUGCAGACAUCGCAUCCCACUUCCCGGAAAUCUCCCAGCUGGUUACAGAGUCUCUGCUUAGCUCUCUAAACAUUACUUAUGAUCCGACAUCCACGCAUAUGACUCCAGAUGGCCUUGUUUACAUCUUGAUGACCGUGUCUAAUCAAGUGUCCAUGAAUCUCUAUGAGGGCCUUAUGUUAUCCGGUUCCCCUAUCCAAGUCUCACAAGCACUGAACUCUUUACGUGAUGUUGCAUCUUCCAUAUACUCGAUAAUGCCUGUUGAGGGACGGCCGUACAUCAAUAUCACGCUCGACCUAAUGGAGACAAUGUCUUUUGUUCUUAAUGACACCAACACCUUUGGGGAUGUCAAUGGGGCUGUAUCUCAAGUAGUCAGUUCUGUCAACAACCUUCUAGCAAUGAUGAACGCAGACUCCUACAGCAGCAUUGUAGGUGACCUGGAGCAGACCCUUAAGACAAUCCUUAUGAUCUUCCAAGCAGACCAAAGCCCUCUCACCCGAGUAGCUGAUAUUACCCAGCAGCUGCUGCACACCAUCCAAAAUCUUGUCUCGCUGGGCAAUAGCAGCAGUGUGGAGUCUGAACUCACCAAAAUAGUGCUGGGGGCUUCUAGCAUGAACAUCGGCCAUCUGCUGGGGAUGAAUGACACUAACUGGACCGACAAGCUGCCCGUGCUGUUGACAAACCUCGCUAAUAGCCUUCCAGAAGACUUGCAGAAUUCUUCUCUUAUUAUGUCCGUCAUGAGAAGUCUGGCCAACGAAUCCCAAGAAAAUCUGCAUCUUCUACUGGAAGUGCUAAAUACUGCCUUUGAAUUUGGUUCGGCCAACUGGGCAAAUGAGAGUUCGGGAAUGCUGCUGGAUCACCUGUUAACUAAGGUGUGCGCUCUGGAAAACAUGACUUCUGUGCAGAUGAUCACCCAGUUUCUGCCUCUGGGCCCCAAAGUGCUAUGCAACACUGUUGUUCCCACAAUCCAGGCCUUCCAUGUGCUGUCAACCAGCCUUGUGAACCAAAGCAACAGCGUCUAUGAUCUGAUCUUCCAGACUUUUGUUGGAGACCCUAACAAAUACAACACUGCAGUGGACUGGACAUCAGUUCUCUCUCAAAUUGUGGGCUUCAACGUCUCAACUCUGAAAACUCUCAAUUUCAAUUUUACAUCUCCAGCUGAAGUGAAGGUUUCAGAGCUGCUGAAAAAUGCCACUCUGUUUGUUCAGGAUGUCGAGCGCUAUACCAGCUUUCCCUCUCACGUACUUCAGGCUCUGUUAGAUUACCCUAUACCCAGCAGCAACAUGCAGAUCUUGGCAUGGUUGGCAAACCUGCGCCAGUGCUCAGACCCCUCGUCUUUGCAACUGGACCCUACAGGGAAGGAGAUCUUCAGCGCCAUUUGUGCAAUGUCGCAUGAAUGGUACACAAUCCCGGUUCUCUUCAUUCGUCAUGUGGACCCGAAGGUGGCUUUAUUCAAGCUGUUUUUGUCCAGUGAAAUUCAGGAUUUGGUGGGAAUCAUGCUACAGAUGGUCAAGUUUUUGACAGACAUGAUGCACAAACUGGUACCUGCCAUUAACAAACUGCAGGAAUACCUGACAAACAUUGGAGAACUAAACCUGGUCGCCAACAAAGAGUUCCACAGUCUGGUGAGGGGAAAACGGUCCACAAUGUCUAGCAAGGCCACCUUUAAUACCAUCGCUCGUGCCUUUUGCAAAAACGGCAUCCUGACGCUGUUCGCCAUCGCACAAGUUCCUAUCUUAACCGAGACUGAUCCUUCCGUCCAGGCGGACCACAAGAGAGAAGAGCUGAUUAAGAAGUUCAAAAUCCCACACGAUGCUAGUCCCUUCUGUAUGAACCUCUACUUGGAUAUGGUGAACACUACAGGCGGUGCGGUGGCCUGGGCCUUCCUCAAACCCAUGCUGUUAGGACAGAUCCUGUACUCACCAGACACACCAGUGACGAGAGAGAUCAUGAGAAAGUCAAAUUCUACCCUGCACCAGUUUGGUGAUCUAAAGCUUUAUGCAUCCGAGUGGAUAGAGUCAUCGUCGUAUGUCAUGCAGUCUGCCAGCAUCCUGACAAAAACCUUGCCGAUACUUCAGAAUUCUCUGAACAAUCCAUUCGUCCAAAACUUCAUUCAGACUCAGACUGGCAUUGAUGUUACACAAAUGAGCGCAACUCUCAACCAAUUCUCAAACAUGACAGUCCUUUUAGAGCAAAACAAGUUUAUCAUGGAGCAGAUCACCACCCUCUCCAUGCUGAUGAUGAACCUUUCCUCCUGCGUCAACUUCGACCGCUACCGAGGCUUCAACUCCACUGAUGAACUUGACGAUCAGGCGGAGAAACUGGCUCAAAACCGUGAACUCUAUGCCAGCAUUAUUUUCAAACUUCCCGAGGAGACCUCCAACAGCCUUCCCGCGAACAUCGACUACACCAUUCGAAUGAACAUCGAGAACGUCAUGCGCACCGACCGCACGCGGAAUCCCUUCUGGGUGAAAGACGCCUUCAUGUCGGCGACGAAGACCCAGCGGUACAGCCGAGGCUUUGUGUACCUGCAGGAGAGCAUCGACAGAGCCAUCAUCGAAAUGCAGACGGGUAAAGCCAUAGAUGGGCCCGCGGUCCAGAUGCAGGCAUUCCCGUAUCCCUGCUACUACAAGGAUGACUAUCUCAACAGCAUCGCUUUCGCCUUCCCAAUGGCACUCAUGAUUUCCUGGGUGCUGUUUGUCGCCCACUUUGUGAAGAAACUUGUCCACGAGAGGGAACUGCGACUUCAUGAGUACAUGAAAAUGAUGGGGGUCAAUCCCAUCAGCCACUUCUUUGCCUGGUUAAUUGAAAGUGCUGUGUUCCUGCUGGCGACCGUCAUCAUCCUCACCAUCAUUUUGAAAGCUGGUGGCAUCCUUCCUCACAGCAAUGGCUUCGUGCUCUUCCUCUACCUUUGUGACUACGGCUUCAGCGUCCUCGCAAUCAGCUUCCUGGUCAGCUCCUUCUUCGAUAAGACCAACAUCGCCGGGCUGAGCGGCAGUCUUAUCUAUGUCAUCUGCUUCUUCCCGUUCAUCGUGCUGAUCCACUUGGAGGACAAUCUUUCCUUCAGUAUGAAGAGCGCUCUGAGUCUCUUUUCUCCGACAUGCUUCAGUUAUGCCAGCCAGUAUAUCUCCCGCUAUGAAAAACAGGAAGAAGGCAUCCAGUGGAGCAACAUGUAUAUCUCCCCUCUGGCUGGUGACACUUCCUCCUUCGGUUGGCUCUGCUGGCUGCUCCUCAUUGACUCAGUAGUCUAUUUUAUCAUUGGGAUUUACAUCCGCAAGGUCUUCCCAGGAAAGUAUGGCAUUGGUGUACCAUGGUACUUCCCUGUGACUCGGUCCUUCUGGAAAGAUAUGUUCACCUGCUGUAGCAGAGCGCCGAAGAAAGUAGGCAGAGGGCUGCUCUUUACCAACAUGAUGCAGGAGCAAAACACCACUGACAAGAGCAAAGGCAAAGGUAGCAAAGUGGGUAAUAGAGAAGAAGACUUCUCAGGAUUGCCUGUUGGAGUCUCACUGUAUGGCCUGACAAAGACCUACGGGAACCGGCACGCUGUAGACAACCUGAACCUUUCUUUCUAUGAGGGACAUGUCACCUCUCUGCUGGGUCACAAUGGAGCUGGAAAAACCACCACUAUGUCGCUUCUGACAGGGUUGUUUGCACCCACCAACGGCACCAUUGAGGUGUACGGGAUGGAUAUGGAGACGUCCAUAGAUGAUGUGCGUAAGGAGAUGGGUGUGUGCAUGCAGUAUGAUGUCCUGUUCGACCACCUUACCACAAAGGAACACCUGCUGCUGUAUGCUCAGAUCAAAGCUCCCCACUGGACCAAACACGAAGUGAAUGAACAAGUGCGCAGAAUCCUAAAAGAAACAGACAUGUAUGCCCACCGCCACAAGCGUGUCGGCACCCUGUCAGGAGGUAUGAAGAGGAAGCUAUCCAUCUCCAUUGCCUUCAUCGGAGGCUCACGGCUGGUGGUUCUCGAUGAGCCGACCACCGGGGUGGAUCCCUGUUCCCGACGCAGCAUCUGGGACAUUGUCCUUCAGCACAAGCAAGAACGUACCAUCAUUCUUUCUACCCAUCACCUGGAUGAGGCUGAAGUUCUCAGCGACCGUAUCGCCUUCCUGGAGCGCGGAGGCCUCAAAUGCUGUGGUUCGCCCUUCUACCUUAAAGACAAGCUGGCUAAGGGCUACAACCUCACCCUCACAAAGAAGGUUCAGACUCCUGAUUCAAACGAAAAGUUCAGCAUUGAAGAACUCAGGGCUUUCAUUCAAUCCUACCUGCCUGACGCUCAACAGAAGGAGGGAGAGGUGGGCGAUCUGGUCUACUCCCUCCCACCGUACACCCCCCAGAACGCAGCUGCGUACCAAUCCCUGCUUACUGGUCUGGAUCAGAACCUGGACAGUCUUCAGCUGGGCUGCUAUGGCAUCUCUGACACCACCCUGGAAGAGGUGUUCCUGCAGUUGACUCGAGACGACAUGGAGCCUAAAGAAAGUGAAACCUGGUCUGUAUCAGAGUCCGUGAUAGCGAAUGACAUGUUUGCGUCAAGAGACAGCAUUCCUGACGAUCUCAACAGCGCGUACCUUGGAGAGAAAGCCAGCCUCACUGGGACCUCAACCGUGCGUGGGGUUGCUUUGACUGUGCAGCGGGUGAUGGCCAUGUUGCUGAAACGUGUGCAUCACUCCAGGAAAGACUGGAAGGGGCUUUUCUCUCAGGUGUUGUUGCCCGUACUCUUUGUAAUUGCUGCCAUGGGCCUGGGCUCCAUCAAAAGUGAUCUUCAGCACUUUCCCAAGAUUGUGCUCUCUCCUGCUAUGUACCACGUUGAUGAACAGUACAGCUUCUUCAGCAAUCAGAAUUCCACCGCCAACAGUCUUGUAGAUUCCAUGAUGUCCUAUCCAGGCAUUGACCACGUCUGCAUGAAAGACCCCACAGAUUCGGUUUGCAAAGAGAGACCUGCAAUAGGAAGUGAGACCUGGAUCUCUAGAAGCAACGGCUCUGAUACAUUUACCACCUGCAAGUGUAGCAACCAAGUGCAGUCAUGUCCUGCAACCAGUUACGAACCACCUCACAUAAGAAAUCCAUCAUCCCAGAUUGUCUACAACCUGACGGGCAUCAACAUAGAGGACUACCUGCUGGCCACCGCCAAUGACUUCAUCAGAAACAGAUACGGAGGCUGGGACUUCGGAAAGCCUCUUCCGAUUGAUCUUACGAUGGACAUGUUAGAUGUGCCAGUGAACAGAACCCUUAGCAAGAUUUGGUAUAAUCCAGAAGGUCACCACACCAUGCCUGCCUACCUCAACAGCCUAAACAACUUUAUCUUGAGAUCCAGCCUGCCACCAGAGAAACGACGACAAUAUACCAUCUCCAUAUCCAGCCACCCUUACCCUGGUCAAGUGCAAGACGAGGAUCUCAUGGUUGGCGGUUUGGUCAGCAUCCUGGUUGCUCUCUGUGUCCUCACUGGCUACUCCAUCAUGACUGCCAGCUUUGUCAUCUAUGAGGUUCAGGAACAUCACACAGGCUCCAAGAGACUCCAGCAGAUCUCUGGCAUCAGUGAACCUUUCUACUGGAUCAUCAACUUCUUCUAUGAUAUGGCUCUUUACAUGGUUCCGGUGUUUCUCUCGGUGGCGAUGAUAGCAGCGUUCCAGCUCCCAGCAUUCACAGACAGGCAGAACCUCGGCGCGGUCACACUUCUGCUGGUGCUAUUUGGGUUUUCCACCUUCCCUUGGAUGUACCUUCUGUCUGCGGUAUUCAAGGAUACAGAGAUGGCCUUUAUCGGUUAUGUCUGCAUCAAUCUCUUCAUCAGUGUCAACACUAUCAUCUCCACAUCCAUUCUUUACUUCCUGGGUCAGCUCAACCAGAAUGACCAGAACAUCCAGAAUGUGUACAAUACCAUGAGCAACAUAUUCCUAGUCUUCCCUCAGUUCAGCUUUGGCAAUGGGCUGAUGGAGUUGGCACGGGUUGACAUGCAGGUGCAGGUCUUGAGCGCUUUCGGAGUGGACGCCUACAAAAACCCCUUCAGCAUGGAUGUUUUGGGCUGGAUGUACAUCUCCAUGUUCCUGCAGGGUUUCAUCUGCUUCACGUUUCGCCUGCUACUUAACAAGACGUUCCUUCGCAAAGUCAGACGGUUGAUCUUCUGGAAGAAGAAUGUUGUUCAGAGCUACAGCCCCAAUGAAGAUGAAGAUGUGGUGGCUGAACGUCUGCGUGUGGACCGUGGAGAAGCGAGUGCCGAUAUUCUGCAGGUUAAUCAUCUGAGUAAGGUGUACCAAAGCCUGAACAAGAGGGUGCAGGCGGUGAAGAGACUGUCUGUGGGCAUCCCAGCUGGCGAGUGCUUUGGAUUGCUGGGAGUCAAUGGUGCAGGAAAGACCACUACCUUCAAGAUGCUGACGGGAGACAUUAGCCCAACAGAUGGCUCGGCCAAGAUCCGUGACAUUGACGGGAGAAUGGUUGACAUCAUAGACUGCAGGAGAGAGGGCAUAAACAUUGGUUACUGCCCCCAGGUGGACGCCCUGGAUGACCUCCUGACUGGAGAAGAACAUCUCUAUUUUUACGCCCGCAUCAGGGGUAUCUCCAAGAGUGAGAUUGACCGGGUUGUGAACUAUCUGUUGAAAAAGUUGGAGCUGAAUUACCACCGACACAACACGAGCGAGAGCUACAGUUGCGGAACACGCCGGAAGCUGUCGACAGCCUUGGCCCUGGUCGGAAACCCUCAGAUCCUUCUCCUGGAUGAACCCAGCUCUGGAAUGGACCCACGUUCCAAACGUCACCUUUGGAAGAUCAUCUCCGAGCAAGUGAUGGGCAAAUGUGCUGUGGUCCUGACAUCACACAGCAUGGAGGAGUGUGAGGCCCUUUGUACCCGUCUGGCUAUAAUGGUAAAAGGACAGUUCAGAUGUCUGGGCUCCCUACAGCACAUCAAGAACAGGUUUGGCAAAGGAUUCACGGUGAAGAUGUACUUAGCUGGAGCCUCCUACGAUAUAGAUAUGAUCAGUAACUUCAUGCAGCAGAAUUUCCCCAGCACGUGCCUGAAGGAUCAUCAUUCAAAUAUGGUGGAGUACCACGUGCCUGUUGCUCCUGGUGGUGUGGCUUCAAUCUUUGGUCUGUUGGAGUCCAACAAGGCUGUACUGCAAAUCAAACACUUCUCAGUCAGCCAGACCACUCUGGAUGAGGUUUUCAUUAACUUCGCCAUGGGGAAGACCGACACAGACGAACAGGAAGUCACUGAAGGAACGGACAUUGACAGUCUAGACUCGUUCAGCACUUUGGACUGAUGAAAAACUUGCACGUUAUGCCAUUCAAUGAACCUCAAAAAAAGAUAUUAAUUUAAUACAUAGGAAAUAGGCUAUAUCAUAUUUUGGUGUUGUGAUUUUUAAUGAAAGACAAAAAAAAAAUCUGUUUUGUAUUGAAUAAUGAAGUCGCCAAAUACCUUACGGAUAAUUAUUAAGGAUUUGUAUGAGUUGUAUGUGUUAAUUAACUCUUUCUGUUCUUGGGUUCGAAUAUUGAUCAACAUUAAAUGACCUUCUCAUGGAAGUUGGUUGUUAUUUGUAUGACCUUAAAAGGUUAAUAUGCAGAAAGGCUACAUUAGUUUACAUAGUUUGGUGCAAUUCAUUAGUCUUUCAUUUGCCAUCAAACAAAUCCACUGCUGCUUAUCAAAGAAAAUGAAGACCUUUAUUUACUAGAUUGCUUGAAAUUUUAUUUCUCUACCAGAUAUAUAUAUGUGAAUCAAAACGUUAAUUAUUUACAUGAACAACUAACAGUGUGUUACUCAACACAGAAUUAAAUAUGUAUGCAGAGUGAAGAGUCCAUCCUCUUAAAUUGCUGGCUUCAUUGAUGCAGCUCUUGUCUAGGGGUUGAUAUAAAUCACAAAGACCUUUUUGGCUCCAAGAUAUAAAUGAUUCUUCAAUGUCUGCACAUCUUCACUCUCAUUAAUAUUUUCUCUGAAGGCACAUCUCUUGUGCAAGAAUGUACUAAAUAUUUCAUCGGCCCUUUCCUCUGUCUGCUUCAAGGCACAGUUCCUCUUUUAAAAAUGUACCAAGCUUAUUUUUACAUUAAAGCUAUUUUUCACAUGCA